CGCACACUCGCAGACCGCAGGCCGUGGGAGACCGUGGAGGUCACGGCGCGGAGGCGGGGCGGGGGCCAGCAUGGCAGCCUCCUUGGGGUUCCGAGGAGCAGCCUCCGGCCUCUGGUACUGGAGCAGCCGGCGGCGGCCCGUGGCCCGCCUUGCAGCGGUGUGUUCUAGGUCAAUGGCUUCUAAGACUCCAGUUGGAUUCAUUGGACUGGGAAACAUGGGAAAUCCAAUGGCGAAAAAUCUCAUGAAACAUGGCUAUCCACUCAUUCUCUAUGAUGUGUUCCCUGAUGCAUGAAAAAAGUUUAAAGAGGCUGGUGAACAGGUAGCGUCUUCCCCAGCAGACGUAGCUGAAAAGGCUGACAGGAUUAUCACAAUGCUGCCCACCAGUAUGCAUUCAGUAGAAGUUUAUUCUGAGGCAAUUGGGAUUCUUAAAAAAGUGAAGAAAGGCUCAUUAUUAAUAGAUUCCAGUACUAUUGAUCCUUCAGUUUCAAAAGAAUUGGCAAAAGAAGUUGAGAAAAUGGGAGCUGUUUUCAUGGAUGCCCCUGUUUCUGGUGGUGUAGGAGCUGCUCGGUCUGGAAACCUUACGUUCAUGGUGGGAGGAGUCGAAGACAAGUUUGCUGCUGCCCAGGAGCUGCUGAGGUGCAUGGGCUCCAAUGUGGUGUACUGUGGAGCUGUUGGGAGUGGACAGUCCGCAAAGAUCUGCAACAACAUGCUUUUGGCUAUAAGUAUGAUUGGAACUGCUGAAGCUAUGAAUCUUGGAAUCAGGUCAGGGCUUGACCCAAAACUGUUGGCUAAAAUCCUGAAUAUGAGCUCAGGGAGGUGUUGGUCCAGUGACACUUACAAUCCUGUCCUUGGAGUUAUGGAUGGAGUCCCCUCAUCUAAUAACUACCAAGGUGGAUUUGGAACAACACUCAUGGCUAAGGAUAUGGGAUUGGCUCAGGACACCGCCACCAACACCAAGAGCCCAAUUCUUCUAGGAAGCCUGGCUCAUCAGGUAUACAGGAUGAUGUGUGCAAAGGGCUAUGCAAAAAAAGACUUCUCAUCCGUCUUCCAGUAUCUGCGGGAGGAGGAGACCUUCUGACUGUGCCCUCUGGACAUGGACACUGUUGGGAACCAAACUCUGUCCUGAGC